AUGAGGACGCUACUGACCAUCCUGGCUGCGGGAUCCCUGGCCGCAGCUCACAUUGCUGAGGACACCUCGGAUCUUCUUCAGCAUGUGAAAUUCCAGUCCAGCAACUUUGAGAACAUCCUGACUUGGGACAGCGGGCUGGAGAGUGUCUACAGUGUCGAGUAUAAGACGUACGGAGACACAGAGUGGAAGGCAAAGAAGGGCUGCCAGCGGAUCACCCGGAAAUUCUGCAACCUGACCCUGGAGACGAACAGCCUCUGGGAGCCCUACUAUGCCAGGGUAAACGCCACCAGCGAGGGGGGCCGGUCAGCCACCAAGAUGACCGACCGGUUCAGCUUACCGCAGGACACUACCAUCAAACCACCUGAUGUGACCUGUAUCCCCAAGGUGAGAUCCAUCCAGAUGAUUGUCCAUCCUACCUCCAUACCCCUCCACGCAGAGGAUGGCCACCAGCAAACCCUGAAAGACAUCUUCCAUGACCUCUCCUACCGCUUAGAACUCCAUGUCAACCAAACCUACCAAAUGCACCUUGGAGGAGAGCAGAGAGAAUACGAGUUCUUUGGCCUGACCCCUGACACGGAGUUCCUUGGGACCAUCACAACUGUUGUUCCGUCCUGGUCCAAAGAGAGUGCCCCCUACAUGUGCCGUGUGAAGACACUGCCAGACCUGACCUGGACCUACGCCCUCUCCGGGGCCUUCCUGUUCGUCAUGGGCUUUGUCAUCGCAGUACUGUGCUACCUGAGCUACAGAUACGUCACCAAGCCGCCUCGGCCUCCCAACUCCCUGAAUAUCCAGCGCGUACUGACCUUCCAGCCGCUGCAGCUCAUCCAGGAGCACGUCCUGAUCCCCGUCCUUGACCUCAGCAGCCGCAGCAGCCUGGCCCAGCCUGUUCAGUACUCCCAAGUCAUGGUCCCUGUGCCCUGGGAGCCCCCGGGAGCCCCACCGCGGCGCAGCCUGCCUGAGACCACCUACCUCGGGCAGCCGGACAUCUCCGUCCUCCAGCCCUCCAGAGUGCCGCCCCACCAGCUCCUCUCCCCGCUGUCCUGUGCUCCCCGGGCUGCCCCCGAGGCCAGGCCCUCAUCCUACACACCGCAAGUCACCCCCGAAGCUCAAGCCCCGCCCUAUACCCCACAGGCCAUCUCCUCCUACACCCCUCAGGCCACUCUGGACAGCUGCCCUCCUUCCUACGGAGUGUGCAUGGAAGUUUCUGGCAAAAACUCCCCAUCUGGGACACUCUCUAGUCCCAAAGACCCCAGGACUAAGGGUCAGCUUCAGAAAGAGCCACCAGCUGGAAGUGGCAUCGCAGGUGACCUCUCUCUGCAGGGGGUGGCCUCCGCAGCAAAAUCCUUCCACCAGCAUCUGUGUGUCGGCGUGGACAGAGCCCCUGACACUAGUAUGCUGCACAAAGAGGAGCCAGGGACCCCGGGAUACCUGAAGGGCCAGCUGCCCCUCCUCUCCUCUGUGCAGAUCGAGGGCCACCCCGUGUCCCUCCCCCUGCAUACUCCUUCCCUGCCGUGUUCUCCCUUGGACCAGGUUUCAAGUCCCUGGGGCCUGCUGGAGUCCCUCGUGUAUCCCAAGGACGAGGGUCCAGGGUCGGAGACUGAGGCCAAGAGCGCAGCCCCUCCGGCUUUCGACCUGGAGCCGCCUGCAGAGCUGGACUCUCUGUUCAGAGGCCUGGCCCUGACUGUGCAGUGGGAGCCCUGA